CUCAGCCUCCUCAUGCCUCCAUCUCCUUUAGACGACAGGGUAGUAGUGGCACUUUCGAGGCCAGUGAGACCUCAGGAUCUCAACCUGUGUUUAGACUCUAGCUUCCUUGAAUCUGCCUCCUCUGCUGGUGAGAGCCACCCCAGUCUGCUCGGCACAGCUGUCGUGUCCCUAAAGACUGCUAAUCUCACGUAUAUGCCCUCAUCCAACGGCUCUGCACGCUCCCUGAGUUGUGGAUGCAGCAGUGCCAGUUGCUGCACUGUGGCAACGUACGACAAGGACACUCAGGCCCAAACUCAAGCGAGCACCAGCAGCAGCCACGCCGGAGCCUCCCCCGCCUGCCCUGCCAACCAAAUGGUCAACAGCAAUGAGAACGCCGGCAGCCUGAGCCCGCUGGGCGGAGUGGGGAGCCCUGUCUCGGGCAGCACCAAGCAACUCGCCAGCAUCAAAAUUAUCUACCCCAAUGAUCUGGCCAAGAAGAUGACCAAAUGCAGCAAGAGCCACCAACAGAACCAAGGGCCUGUCAUCAUUGACUGCAGGCCCUUCAUGGAGUAUAAUAAGAGCCACAUUCAAGGGGCUGUCCACAUUAACUGUUCUGACAAGAUCAGCCGGAGAAGGCUCCAGCAGGGCAAGAUCACUGUCUUGGACUUGAUCUCCUGCCGGGAAGGCAAGGACUCCUUCAAGAGAAUCUUUUCCAAAGAAAUCGUAGUUUAUGAUGAGAAUACCAAUGAGCCAAGCAGAGUGAUGCCUUCCCAGCCACUCCACAUAGUGCUAGAGUCACUCAAGCGAGAAGGCAAGGAACCCCUAGUCCUGAAAGGAGGACUCAGCGGUUUCAAGCAGAACCACGAAAACCUCUGCGACAACUCCCUUCAGCUGCAGGAGUGCCCCGAGGGGGGAGGAGGGGGCGGCGCCUCCGCCGUGCCCCCCGUGCUACCUCAGUCCAUCCCCACCACGCCAGACAUCGAGAACGCUGAGCUCACCCCCAUCCUGCCCUUCCUCUUCCUCGGAAACGAGCACGAUGCUCAGGACUUGGAGAAAAUGCAGAGGAUGAACAUUGGCUACGUCAUCAACGUGACCACCCACCUGCCCCUGUACCAUUAUGAGAAAGGCAUGUUCAACUACAAGCGGCUCCCGGCCACUGACAGCAACAAGCAGAAUCUCAGGCAGUAUUUCGAAGAGGCUUUUGAGUUCAUUGAGGAAGCUCAUCAGUGUGGAAAAGGUCUCCUCAUCCACUGCCAGGCCGGUGUCUCCAGAUCUGCCACCAUCGUUAUCGCGUACUUAAUGAAGCACACGCGCAUGACCAUGACAGAUGCCUAUAAAUUUGUCAAAGGCAAACGACCAAUCAUUUCCCCCAACCUUAACUUUAUGGGGCAGUUACUGGAGUUUGAAGAAGACCUGAACAAUGGAGUCACCCCGCGAAUCCUCACACCAAAGCUGAUCGGAGUUGAGACUGUCGUGUGA